GAGAGACCACCUCUACUUCCUUUCCUCGCUCACAGCUCGAGCGCCACCACACCCCGCCUCCGCGCGCCCGCGGCUUUCGAAACCCUAGCCUCCCGUCUCCCUCGCCACUUGAUCGCAGCAGCUUGUAGCGAGCGGGGCUAUGGCUAGCGGCCUCUGAGCGCGCGAGUGACUGGGCGCUGAGAUCCGAGGGCUUCCGCGAUGUCGAGGGCGGAGGCCAACUGGGAGCGGCUGGUGCGGGCGGCGCUGCGCGGGGAGCGGCUCGCCGGCGGCUACGGCCACCCGGUCACCGGCAUCGCCGGGGUCGUGCCGUCGUCGCUCGGCAACAACGUGCACAUCGAGGAGGUGCUCCGCGCCGCCGACGAGAUCCAGGAUGAGGACCCCACCGUCGCGAGGAUUCUUUGUGAGCAUGCUUACGCACUAGCCCAGAAUUUAGAUCCAAAUAGCGAAGGAAGAGGAGUAUUGCAAUUCAAAACAGGUUUGAUGUCAGUAAUCAGGCAAAAACUAGCAAAGAGGGAUGGCGGUGCUAUAGACCGAAGUCAGGAUAUCGCUAAACUGCAAGAAUUUUACAAGCUUUAUAGAGAAAAGCAUAAAGUGGAUGAGCUGAUUGAAGAUGAAAUGAAGUUGAGGGAAUCAGCCGUGUUCAGUGGUAACCUUGGAGAGUUGGAACGGAAAACUCUGAAGCGGAAAAAGGUGCUUGCGACGUUGAAGGUCUUAUGGUCAGUAAUAGAGGAUAUGACUAAGGAAAUUUCACCUGAGGAUGCAAAAAAUUUGAUAUCUGAAGAGAUGAAAAAGGUCAUGCAAAAGGAUGCCGCGAGGACGGAGGAUGUUGUUCCAUAUAAUAUUAUUCCUCUAGAUGCAUUGUCUACUACCACUAAUGCAAUUGUGACUUUUCCGGAGGUGAGAGCAGCAAUAUCAAUUCUGCAGUACCAUAGGGAUCUUCCCAGGCUCCCUGGUACCUUUUCAGUCCCUGAUGCUAGGAAUUCAGAUAUGCUGGAUCUAUUGCAAUGUGUAUUUGGAUUUCAGGAAGGUAAUGUGAAAAACCAAAGGGAGCAUAUCAUUCACCUAUUGGCAAAUGAACAGUCUCGGGUGGGCAAGCCAUCAGGGAAUGAACCGAAAAUCGAUGAUGGUGCUGUGCAUGCUGUGUUCUCCAAAGCCCUUGAUAACUAUAUCAAAUGGUGCAACUACCUGCCUACUCGUCCCAUCUGGAAUAACACUGAUUCUUUGACAAAGGAAAAGAAGUUGCUAUAUGUGUGUUUAUACUACUUGAUGUGGGGUGAAGCUGCCAAUGUACGAUUUCUUCCUGAGGGCUUAUGCUACAUAUUUCACCAUCUAGCAAGAGAACUGGAGGAGAUUCUGCGAAAACAAACUGCAGAGCCAGCUAAAAGCUGCAGUUCUGAUGGCAGUGUCUCAUUUCUUGAAAACGUCAUUUCUCCUUUGUAUGAUGUCAUUGCUGCGGAAGCAGCCAAUAAUAAGAACGGGCGCGCACCACAUUCUGCAUGGAGAAAUUAUGAUGAUUUCAAUGAGUUUUUCUGGUCUAACAAGUGCUUUAACCUAGACUGGCCGUGGAAGCUGAGCAACCCAUUUUUCUCAAAGCCCAGUAGGAAGGAGAAGGGCUUGUUAGGUAGGAACCAUCACUAUGGAAAGACAUCUUUUGUGGAACAUAGGACUUUUCUUCAUCUUUACCACAGCUUUCAUCGCCUUUGGAUUUUCCUAAUUAUGAUGUUUCAGGCACUAACUAUCAUUGCCUUUAACAAUGAUAGUUUUGACAUGAAGACCGUAUUGCAACUUUUUAGUCUGGGCCCAACUUAUGUCGCAAUGAAAUUUGUUGAGAGUCUACUGGAUAUUCUGAUGAUGUAUGGUGCCUAUUCAACAUCUCGUGGAUCUGCAAUCACCAGAGUGUUGUGGCGAUUCUGUUGGUUCACUGUAGCUUCAUUGACGAUUUGUUACCUAUAUGUCAAGGCGCUUCAAGAUGGGACGCACUCAGCUACAUUCAAGAUAUAUGGUUUUGUAAUUGGUGCAUAUUUUGGUGUUAAGAUAAUAAUGAGCCUACUUACUAGUGUCCCUUGUUGCCAUGGUUUGACCGAGGCUUGCUACCGCUGGUCUGCUGUACGCCUUGUUAAGUGGAUGCAUCAGGAGAAUAAUUAUGUUGGAAGAGGCAUGCAUGAGAGUCCCCUGGACUAUAUCAAAUACGUUGCCUUUUGGAUUAUUAUCCUUGGUGCAAAAUUUUCGUUCACCUAUUUUCUUCAGAUAAAACCUCUUGUAAAACCAACAAGAGCUGUCAUCAAUUUCAGAGGUUUACAGUAUGCCUGGCAUGAUUUUUUCUCAAAGAAUAACCAUAAUGCCAUCACAAUCCUUUGUUUAUGGGCUCCAGUGGUGUCAAUUUACCUUUUGGACAUUCAUGUAUUUUACACUGUAAUGUCUGCUAUAUAUGGAUUUCUCCUUGGUGCGCGUGAUCGCUUGGGAGAGAUUAGGUCGGUUGAAGCAGUUCACCGAUUCUUUGAGAAGUUCCCUGAAGCAUUCAUGGAGAAACUUCAUGUUGCUAUUCCGAAAAGGAAACAGCUGCGAUCAUCUGGUCAGGAAGCAGAGUUGGACAAGCUUAAUGCAUCUAGAUUCGCCCCCUUCUGGAAUGAAAUUGUGAGGAAUUUAAGGGAAGAGGAUUAUAUUAACAAUGCUGAAUUAGAGUUGCUUUUGAUGCCCAAGAAUGAUGGAGUGCUUCCAAUUGUGCAGUGGCCACUUUUCUUACUUGCUAGCAAGGUUUUCUUGGCUAAAGAUAUCGCAGCUGACUAUAACGAAUCACAAGAAGAACUUUGGCUAAGGGUCUCAAAGGAUGACUACAUGAAAUAUGCUGUCGUUGAGUGCUUCCAUAGUGUUUAUCAUAUUCUGACAUCAAUACUAGAGAAAGAAGGAUGUCUCUGGGUGGAGAGAAUUUAUGGUGGUAUCCGAGAAAGCAUUUCAAAGAAGAACAUCAAAAGUGAUCUUCAUUUCGAAAAAUUGCAUAUUGUUAUUGCCAAGCUUGUUGCUGUACUUGGAAUACUGAGGGGUACCACAGAGUCAAACGAUCUGAAAAAGGGAGCAGUUAAUGCUAUUCAGGACCUAUAUGAAGUUGUUCAUCAUGAAGUGUUUUCUGUUGAUAUCAGUGGUUACCUUGAUGAAUGGACUCAGAUUAAUAGAGCGAGGGCUGAAGGCCGCCUCUUCAAUAACCUUAAGUGGCCAAAUGAUCCUGGAUUGAAGGACUUGAUCAAGCGAUUGUAUUCACUUCUUACAAUCAAAGAAUCAGCUGCAAGUGUUCCUAAAAAUCUGGAAGCCAGGCGGAGACUUCAGUUCUUUAUGAACUCUCUGUUCAUGAAAAUGCCUGUUGCAAGGCCUGCUUCAGAAACGCUUUCCUUUAGUGUGUUUACCCCGUACUACUCCGAGAUUGUUCUCUACAGCAUGGCUGAACUACAGAAGAAAAACGAAGAUGGUAUAACUACGCUGUUUUAUCUCCAGAAGAUUUACCCAGAUGAAUGGAGGAAUUUCCUAACUCGUAUCAACAGGGACGAAAAUGCAGCAGACUCUGAACUUUUUGGUAACCCAAAUGACAUACUUGAACUACGUCUGUGGGCUUCUUAUCGUGGGCAGACCUUAGCACGAACUGUUCGUGGUAUGAUGUACUAUAGGAAAGCUCUUAUGCUGCAGAGUUAUUUGGAGAGGAUACAAUCUGAAGAUCUGGAAUCUACAUUUCCUUCGGCUGGUUCAGCUGAUACACAUUUUGAGUUGUCCCCUGAAGCGCGUGCUCAGGCUGAUUUGAAGUUUACAUAUGUGGUUACCUGCCAAAUCUAUGGAAAACAGAAGGGAGAAGGGAAACCUGAAGCUGCAGAUAUAGCCCUAUUAAUGCAAAGGAAUGAAGCUCUUAGAGUUGCUUACAUUGAUGAAGUUGAGAGCGUUAAGAAUGGAAAACCCAGCACUGAGUAUUACUCAAAGCUUGUGAAAGCUGACAUUCAUGGAAAGGAUAAGGAAAUUUAUUCCAUUAAAUUGCCUGGCAAUCCAAAACUCGGGGAGGGAAAGCCUGAAAAUCAAAAUCAUGCCAUAAUAUUCACUCGUGGAAAUGCAGUGCAAACGAUUGAUAUGAAUCAGGAUAAUUACUUUGAAGAGGCACUUAAAAUGAGAAAUCUGCUUGAGGAGUUUUCUCUGAAGCGUGGCAAGCAUUACCCUUCUAUUCUUGGUGUUAGAGAGCAUGUCUUCACGGGAAGUGUCUCCUCCCUGGCCUCAUUUAUGUCAAAUCAGGAAACCAGUUUCGUUACUUUAGGUCAACGUGUUCUUUCUAACCCACUGAAAGUGAGAAUGCAUUAUGGCCACCCAGAUGUUUUUGAUAGAAUCUUUCAUAUAACAAGGGGUGGAAUCAGUAAGGCCUCCCGCAGCAUUAAUAUCAGUGAGGAUAUAUAUGCAGGAUUUAACUCAACUCUGCGUCAAGGCAGCAUAACUCACCACGAGUAUAUUCAGGUCGGCAAAGGUAGGGAUGUUGGACUUAAUCAGAUUGCAGUAUUUGAAGGAAAAGUUUCUGGAGGAAAUGGUGAACAAGUUCUUAGCCGAGACAUAUAUAGACUUGGACAGCUUUUUGACUUUUUCAGGAUGUUAUCCUUCUAUGUGACAACUGUUGGAUUCUACUUCUGUACUAUGCUUACCGUGCUGACUGUGUACAUAUUUCUCUAUGGGAAAACAUAUCUGGCCUUAUCUGGUGUUGGAGAAUCAAUUCAAAACAGAGCAGAUAUAUUGCAGAACACAGCCUUGAACACUGCUCUGAACACUCAAUUUCUUUUCCAGAUUGGUGUAUUUACUGCAGUACCCAUGAUUCUAGGUUUCAUCCUUGAAUCAGGUGUCCUAACGGCUUUUGUUCAAUUUAUCACAAUGCAGUUCCAACUAUGCUCUGUAUUUUUCACUUUCUCACUUGGAACAAGGACUCACUACUUUGGCCGCGCAAUAUUGCAUGGAGGUGCAAAGUAUAGAGCAACUGGUAGGGGUUUUGUGGUACGGCAUAUCAAGUUUGCUGAGAACUAUCGCCUUUAUUCACGAAGCCAUUUUGUGAAAGGGAUGGAGGUUGCACUUUUGUUGGUAAUCUUUCUGGCAUAUGGUUUUAACAAUGGUGGAGCAGUUGGCUAUAUUUUACUCUCUAUAAGCAGUUGGUUUAUGGCGCUGUCUUGGCUUUUCGCUCCCUACUUAUUUAACCCAUCUGGAUUUGAAUGGCAGAAGAUUGUCGAGGAUUUCAGAGACUGGACAAAUUGGCUGUUUUAUCGAGGCGGUAUUGGUGUUAAAGGAGAAGAAAGCUGGGAAGCUUGGUGGGAAGAAGAACUGCAACAUAUUUACACCAUUCGAGGGAGGAUACUGGAAACUAUACUAAGCCUAAGGUUUUUCAUCUUCCAAUAUGGAGUUGUCUACCACAUGAGUGCAAGUGGAGAAAGUACAGCUUUAUCGGUGUAUUGGAUUUCUUGGGCUGUGCUUGGUGGUCUUUUUGUCCUCCUCUUGGUCUUUGGUUUAAACCCCAAGGCUAUGGUACAUUUUCAAUUGUUCCUGCGUCUGGUCAAGAGCAUAGCACUGUUAAUGGUUUUGGCUGGUUUGAUCGUGGCUACUGUGUUUACUGCCCUCAGUGUCAAAGAUGUAUUUGCUUCCAUUCUAGCAUUUGUGCCAACUGGGUGGGGAAUUCUUUCGAUUGCUGUGGCGUGGAAACCGAUUGUGAAGAAAUUGGGUUUGUGGAAGACAGUGCGCUCCCUAGCUCGCCUUUAUGACGCUGGCAUGGGGAUGAUCAUUUUUGUUCCCAUAGCCAUCUGCUCAUGGUUUCCAUUCAUAUCUACCUUCCAGACGCGUCUUCUGUUCAACCAGGCUUUCAGCAGAGGGUUGGAGAUUUCUCUUAUCCUUGCUGGCAAUAAUCCAAAUGCAGGGAUGUGAUGGUGGUAGUCUCGACGCCGUGGAUCAAGCAGCUUUGUUAGUUUAGCUGAUUCCUGGUUCUCAGUUAGCGAUAGCGAUUGUAUAUAUCUCCGUGUUGACCUAUGCUGUGGGUGUAUAUCUCAACGGCUAUACUUCUACAGUGAGCCUAGGAGCUGUAGUUGUGACACUCCUUAACUUUUACAUUGAUAUUUGGGCUGAGAAGAACUGGCUUUUCGUUAUCAAUUCAGCUAAUCUGAUGUGUUGUGCUACUUAUCUUGUA